GACCAACCGAAGGGAACCAAUAGAAGAAAAGGAAAGGAGAUGGGAGCGAGAGAGCGCCCUCUGCGGAAUUUGAUCCAUCUCUCGUAUUUCUUUGGGAUCUCUCGUAGGGUUUCUUAGAUUCACCCUCGUUUGCUUUUGCUAUUGUUCGAUCUAUUCUCUUCGAAUAGUUUCUUGUUCCCCAUGGUUCCCUGUUCGGGUUAGGGAUUUGAGAUGGGAUUUGCUCUUGUUUGGUUUGAUCGAUCGAUUUGGUCGGGCGACGAAGGGGGAAAGGGAAAGGGGCUUUGAUCGUGUGUUUUUGACCGGGCGAGAAAGAUAGAGAAGAGGGGCAGAAAUGAAAUCGUCGCUUAGGAAAUUACGGGGCUUCGCGUUCCACAAGCAUGACCAAAAGGAGAAGAGGAAUGCCCGUUUUCCAGCGCACCAGGACGAGCUCCUCCAGGCCUCCCAGGACAUGCUUGACAUGAAGAACUGCUAUGAUAGCUUACUUUCUGCUGCUGCUGCCACUGCAAAUAGCGCAUAUGAGUUCUCGGAAGCCUUGCGGGAACUGGGUGCUUGUCUUCUUGAAAAAACUGCAUUAAAUGAUGAUGAAGAAAGUGGUAGAGUUUUGUUAAUGCUUGGAAAAGCACAGUUUGAACUUCAGAAACUUGUCGAUAGUUAUCGUACACAUAUCAUCCAGACCAUAACAACCCCAUCAGAGUCUCUUCUCAAGGAGCUUCAAACUGUCGAGGACAUGAAACGUCAGUGUGAUGAGAAAAGGGACUUGUAUAGGUCCAUGAUAGCUACACAAAGAGAAAAGGGGACACUGAGAAAUGUGAAAGUUGAACAUUUUACUUCAGAACAGUUGCAAACAGCUCAAGAAGAUUUCCAAGAGGAGGCAACUUUUUUUGUAUUCCGCUUAAAAUCACUAAAGCAAGGACAAUCCCGAAGUCUCUUGACACAAGCUACUCGGCACCAUGCAGCACAGUUAAAUUUCUUUAGAAAAGGAGUCAAGUCUCUAGAGAUGGUAGAGCCACAUGUCAAAGUCAUUGCUGAACAACAGCAUAUUGACUAUCAGUUUAUUGGUCUUGAGGAUGAUGACACAGAUGAGGAGGUGGAUGAUUAUGAUGUCAAUGAUGAUGGAGUGGCGAGUUUUGACUAUGGACAAAAUGGCCAUGGUCAAGAUGCUGUUUCUCAUUCUAGAAUGUCAAUGGAGGAAAAUUUGGAUAGAAGCCAAGCAGAUCACCUUUAUGUCAAUAGGGGGCCUAGGGGUGUGAGCAUGUCAGAACCUCUUUUGGCUGAUAAGAAGCCUGAAUUUUCAGAACGAAUAAGUCAAAUGCGUCCUGCAUCAACAAAGAAAUAUCACACCUAUGUGCUACCUACACCACUCGAUGUGAAGAACUCAUCUUUAGCAGGCUCAAAUAAUACAAUUUCUACAUCUAAAAUAGUAAACAAGGGUGGCUUCCCAACACAGUUGUAUCAUUCGUCACCUCUGCAGCCAGAUAUGCUUGGAAAAGAUUCCAGAGAUGUUCUGCUGCCAAGCCCAACUAGGUUUCCUAAAGCACAUUCAGUACUUAAGGAGAACAUUAAUAGUGGCCCUCUCAGUCGACCAACUUCCUUACAUGAAGAGCUAUCUACGUCACAAUUUGCACAGAAUCCUUCAGAUGCUAAAAAGAUCAAGAGACAAGCUUUCUCUGGUCCAUUGACAGGCCAAACACUGCCGAACAAGCCCACUCUUUCAGCAGCUAGUUCCUUGUCUACGGUGGAUUAUCCAUCAAGAUUUUCUGCAAUGCCGACUCAUAUCACACCUCAACUUAGUGCAGCUCAAAAGUUGUCUUUAAGUUCCUCACCUCCUAUAUCAUCACCAAGAAUUAAUGAACUUCAUGAGCUUCCUCGGCCUCCACUUUUUUCAGCGAAACCUGUGAGGCCUUCUGGUUUGAUUGGUCAUUCUGGUCCCUUGGUGUAUAGAGGUCGCGAGCAUAAUGCAAGCAACAAGCUACCAUCAAUCUCAUCACAUAUGGCAUCGCCACUACCUACUCCCCCAGGUGCCAUGACUCGCAGUUUUUCUAUACCCUCCAGUGGUCAAAGAACUCCUAGUUUAACAGUGAAGUUGGUGGAAGUUCCUAUAAGUCAGAACAUGACCAUGGAUAUUUCUUCACCUCCUCUGACACCUAUAACAUUGACAAUUAGUUGACCAGCAUCAACGACUUCAGAUUCAGUAAAUCAAGCUACAAAACCUUAAGGGUUCUCAUAAUUUGGGCAUAUUAUAGUAUCAUCCGACGGACGGCGAGAGCGAACUGACAUGGUCAGUGUCAUAUGGUUUGUGUACAUAGUAAACUGUCUAUUCCUAGUUUAUCCCCAAAGUCCCACCUUCUAUCUGUAGCAUUAUUCUAAUGAUAAUACUGUAGGGCGAAGAGGGAGGGCAGGUUUAAACAAGAAACAUCUUCGGCUGUAUUGAUAGUGUAUUGAUAUUCAUUUAUUAAGAAUUUUGUCAUUUAUGUUCACUAGUAAAGGUGCCUUUGUUUGGU